AUGUUCAUAGAUAUAAAAAUCAGCAUACGAUUAUUGUGGUCACUUCUCAAUGGCAAAACAUUAUCAAGACGAGAACACAAACAGCUUGUACGGACAACAGCAGAUUUAUUCCGAAUUGUUCCAUUUUUAGUAUUUAUUGUGGUUCCAUUCAUGGAGUUUCUUUUGCCAGUGGCUUUGAAACUGUUUCCAGAUAUGUUACCCAGUACUUUUGCAGAAAAACACAAAGAGCAAGAAAAAUUGAAGAAGCAGCUCAAAGUUAAGCUGGAAAUGGCCAAAUUUCUGCAAGACACUAUCAUGGAAAGUGCUUUACGCAGCAAACAGAAGCAGAAAAGUGAAGAUAUGGUGACAGAAUUUUCCAAUUUCAUGAAUCAGAUUCGGAGUAGUGGACAGGGAGCUUCAACAAAAGAGAUCCUCAAAUUUUCCAAACUGUUUGAGGAUGAAAUUACUUUGGACAAUCUUUCUCGGUUGCAGCUACAAGCACUUUGCCGUGUACUGCUGCUACCUAUUAUCGGCACAGAUAACUUUCUCCGCUUCCAGUUGAGAAUGAGAUUGAGGCAGCUAAAAACAGACGAUAAGAUGAUCCAGAAAGAAAGUGUUGAUAGUCUGACUACUUGGGAGUUGCAGGCUGCCUGUAGAGCUCGUGGCAUGCGUGCUCUUGGUGUUCCUGAAGAACGCUUAAAAUUCCAGUUGGAGCAGUGGCUGGAACUCCAUCUAAAAGAAAACAUCCCUACAUCCCUCUUGCUACUUUCAAGAGCACUGUACCUCUCAGAAAAUAUGUCAACUGCUGACCAGCUCCAGGCAACACUAUCUUCUCUACCUGAAACCACUACUGAAGAAGCAAAGAUCAAAAUUGCUGAAAUUUCUGGAGAGAAAGUAGAUAAUAAAGCCAAACUGCAAUUGAUUCGGCAAGAAGAAGCUGCUAUCAAAAAGGAAAGAAAAGACCUGGAAGCAGAAGAACAGCAGGAAGAGAAAGAAAAGAAAGCACUUGAAAUAGCUACAAAGCAGGCAGAGGUCAUCAUAGAUAAAGCAGAAGUACUUGUUGACAAGGCACCAGUUGCAACAGUAAAACCUGAAGAAGAAUUGGUUAAUGGCAAGAAAGAAGAAAUAAUAACAAGCAAAGACUUAGAGAUUGUUGAAUCAGCCUUGGAGGAAAUUGCCCAUGAGAAGCAAUUGAGUAUUGAGCAAGAAGAACUCCGGGAUCUAAAAGAAGAAGUCAGUGAAUAUAAAGAGGACCUUGAAGAUCUGAAGGAAGUCAUAUUGUCUACAGGAGGAAAUCCCCGUGAUAUGAGAGAAUCUAAAGCAGCUAAGCGUCUAACAAAACGUGUAGACAAAUUGUUGUCUCAGGCUGAGCGGAUGAGUGAAUUACUGCUUAAGAAAAAGGCUAAGAUCAUGGAAGAGAUUGAAGUCAGUGAGGUGAAAAUGCAGCAUACACCUGACCUCCAAACCCAAAAGAGGGAAGAACUCAUUGAAGAUAUUUCUAAACAAAAGGACAAUUUGAUCAGCAUUAAUGAUAUUGUGAUGUCAUUGAAAAAACUGGAAAAGGUUCCAGAUGAAACACGAGCCCAAAUGAUUGUUGAGGUGUUAGACGAAGACAAGGAUGGGAAAGUAGAUAUUUCCUUGGCAUUAAAGACAAUUGAACAUUUGAGCCGUGACAAUCUUAAGUUGAGCCCUGCCCAGAUAACUGAAGUUCUGGACCUCUUUAAAAUGGAAGAAAUGUUAGAAGAAGCAGAAAAGAAGGACAAACUGACAAAAGACAAAGAAAAUUCAAAUGAGAAUGAAUCAGAAAUGUCAAAUUCAACAAUAAUGCCUGUGUCACAAGCCGAAAAGGAGGCACUGGAGGCAGAGUUACACUCAAGUGAACUUGAAGCCACCAAAAAAGUACAACAGAAGAAUUAA